AUGUCUGUUAUUUUUGAUUAGUUGGAUAAUAUCUAAUCACUUAGAUUCAAUUUUAGUUAGGCCAUAAAGUUGGGAGCUCAGCUUUAUUUUAUAAAUAACCACAACCUAAAAAGACUUGUAGUUGGCGAUGAUUAGAUCACACAAUUUACUGAAUAAGAAGCAAUCAAUGUACUAUCAGGAGUCCAGCAAAUUUGUUCUGACGGAAAAGUAAUAUAUUGUUUGAUGGAUAGCGGAGAUCUGUAUUCAAUUGAUUCAUAACCAAAACAAUUAGUUCAGGGCAAAAAUUAUAUGACUAUUACUCCAACAACUGCAAUAGAUCAUUCUGGAAGAGGGUUUUGGUGGAAAACUAAUAAAACAAUUUAUAGUCAUUGCAAACACAUAAGCACUUACAAAGAAAAAUUAACUUUAAUUACAAUUGGCGGAAAAAUUUUUAAUAUUGAAAACGAUACUUAAGUUCCUAUUCAAUAAUUAAAUGGAUUGGGAAUCAAUGGAUAUUUUAAGAAAUCCUUAUUAUUUUAAUUUGGUGGUCUUGCUUUAACUGAAAAUGGAGAUGCCUAUUGUUAUACAAAUAAAAUGAUUAAAUUAAAAAUCAAUAACCUUGAGGAUAUUAGUGCUAACAAUAAAUUUAUUUUUGCAAUUUAAGGAAAAUCCCUAUUGCAAUGGAAUUUAGAGGAUUUUUCGAACCAUCAGUUCUAUGUGAAUUAGACAUUAUUCAAAAAGAUGAAUUAUGGCAAUGAAAUUACAAUCAAUUGCAAAAGAAAGGAAUUUUAAGAAAUAAGGUUUAUCUAUUCAGAUGUUUAUUCUUAAUUCUGUUCUGCUUAAUUAAGAAUGAUUUAAAAAAUCAAUUAAAAUGAUCAAUCCAUUUCAGUUUUAGAGAGGACGUUUUGUAGAAGUAAUGUGUCUACAUUAAAAUAAUAACUUUUUGAUCAAUGGGAUCCUCCAUCAAAAAGAAGAAACCAAGAAAUUAGACAAAGUAGAUAAGGAAAAGGGGAUAAAACUGAAAGAUCUGAUACCAGUAACAAAUUAACCGAUAGAUAUGAUAGAAAAGAUGAUUUAUCUUUAGAAUCAAGAUUUCGUCAAUCUACAAAUACUAAUAUACUUGAUACUUUUUUCGAUAGAUCAAACAAAUAAGAAUCCAGAGAAAUAGAAUAUAACUCUGAAAAGAAAUAAGAAAUCAAUUAAUUUUCUAUAGAAACAACGUUUAAUUAUAAAAAAAACUCAAAAUCUAAGUCUGAUAUAAUAACUCCCCUUGAAAUAACAAAAUUACCUCAAUUUGAGAAACAACAACCAAUCCAAGAAUAAUAAUCAAUAGGUUUAAAGAAAGAUGAUAAUUAACCAAACUUAGAAUAGGAAGAAAUAAAAAUCAAACCAUCUAAUUUACUUGAAUAAUAUAAAAAACAAUUUGAUUUACAAAUACAGCCAAAUACAGAAGAAUGCAUAUAGCAAGUACUCGAUAAGGGUUAAGUUGCAAAAGAUUAGGAUAUCCCUUUGCAAAUUAAAAAUGUAGCUGCACCAUCUUAAAACACAAUAAAUUAAAAAUUAUAAUCAAUUAGAGAAACCUAUGAUCAACCAAGAUUUAAAACAUAGAAUAAUAGUUUAUAUACUUUGGAUGAAGAGAGCUCAUUUGAAUAGAGUGUUUGUCAAGAUGAUGAUGACAAAGGGAAGUUCUAAUUAAAACGAUAAGCCUUUUUAAUUAAUGAUAUUUUCGAUACAAAAGUAGAAAUAAAACCUAAUUAAAAACGAAUAGAAUAAUUGAAGACUUAAAAUAUAUAGAAGGAGGUCGUUUCACCUGUUUAGGUUCAAGAAAAUCCUAUUUAGUUAUAAAAGAUUGUGAUCCCUGAUAUGGAUUUACCUCCUGUUUAAUCGAAAUUAAAUAAUUUAAUAACUAAGCUAUAGUUAAAACCAGAAAAAUCAUUAGAUUAAGUCUUGGAAUCCUAAACUUAGAAAGAUGAAUAAGAAUCUGCUUCCUCAUUCAUACCUUUUGAAUCUUAAACCGUUAUUCCUGACACUCAAUAAAGAUAAAUAAAAUCAUUUUUGAAGGGAGACACAAUUUAAAGCUCAAAAUAAAAAAAAACAUUUGAGGUUAUGGAAUAACAAUCAGUUAUUGAUUAUUAAAACAACAGUGAUUUCAUAGAUCAAUAACAAGAUAGCUUUAUGUAAAUUUUAUAGACUGAAAAAAAAUCAGAUAAUAAUAAAAUAUAAAAUAUCAUGUAGAUUUUUGAUUAAAUUUCUGUUUAACCCAAGAAGAUGAGUCCUGCAAGAUUGAAUAUAUUUAAAAAAUAGGAUUAAGAAAAUAUAUAGAAGAUUGAGAUUAUUCCAGAUAUUGAAUAAUUGAAUAGCAAAGUAGAGUUAAAUAAUGUCUUGACAGAAAAAUAAAAUGAAAAUAUAGUUGAAAAGAAGGUAGAUUCACCCUAAAAGUUAAAUGAAAAAGAAUAAAAAGCUGUUAUUGCUUUGUUGAAUAGUAAUUCAGAAGAAUAAGUAAUUGAAGAUAGAAUAGUUUAAGUUAUAUAAAUUGUGUAACCCUCUGAAUAGAACAAAAUAGAGUCUGCUACAAAAGAAAAUGGAGAAUAAUUAAUUAAACUAUUACCUGUUUAAAUGGAUGAAUCAAGAAUAUUAAGAAAGGUCAAUUAAUUAUCAGAGGUCAAAUAGCCAGCAUUUGAUAAUAAGUCAUCUAUUACUUUCUCAGAUUAAAAAUAAGCUGUCUCUCGUAUUAAGAUUUAACCAAUCAAUUGCAGUGCUCUGAGACCAGAAAAGAACUUUACUCCUUUAAGAAGUAGAAGAGAUAGCAGUGCAAGAGGUUCAAGUAUUGAUACUAACAGAUUUAAGUAAUUAUAGAUCGAAACUUAAAUUGUUGCUCCAGAGAACAAUUAUCAAAGUGGAUAAAUCAAUCAGGAGCGUCUUGACUAUAGCAAUGCUGUUUAUCAUAUUGACUAAUCCAUUUUAGAUGAUCCAACUAAACGUACUCCAGUGGCUUAAGUUUUAGAUAUCAUUAACUUAAACUAAUUUUCAAAUUAAAAGAGCAAAGAACCAGUAUUAGUGAGAAUUUAAGCAACUUCAUAAAUUCCUUAGUCUUUAAGAUCAAAUAGUAUUGAACCAAAUUUAAAGAAGACUGAAUCAUCUCCAAUAAAAUAAUUGAAACUCCAAGUUAAACCAUAAAACAAUGAUAAAGUAUCGAAUAUUAAAAGAAGAUAAUAAGAUAUUAUUUUAAGAAAACUAUUUUUCAGAAUUGAUAUUCAUGUCAAGUUAGCAAAGUUGGAGUUCAUGUUUAAUUUAAAAUAAAAGGCAGGAAAAUGA